GCCUCUGACCGUGACCUUCUCCUUGCCUUUCAUAGCGAAAUUGUUCUCUCACUGUCGUCGUCGUUCACGAUGAACUCAACUCCAGCGCAGGGCCCAUUGUCGAUACCAACCCGCCUGACUGGCAAUAGCAAACGACCGCGGUCAUCAUUUGGCUCUUCAUUUUCCUUCGGUCCCCACAACAUCAUGGACUCAUACAUUGAAGACGGCAAUUCGAGCACCAUGUCCUACUCGAAAUCCGUGGCACUUGACCCCAACCGUUCCAUGCUCCCCGUAUCACCACUUGGGCUUAGUCCGCGUCGCCAACGAAAGCGCAAGGACAGCUCAGCCCGGCCUCCACAUCCUCUUACGAUUGACACUACAGACGUGUUCCAAGGUCCUGAGGAUGACGCAGACGACGAACAGGAGCAAGAAUGGGGCAUUAUUGACCGCAUGCGCCUCUGGCGACACGAUGCCAUGAUGCAGCAUCUCUACGAGACAGCGGCGUUUUGGGGGGACAAAAUCCUAAGCUGGACGAAUGAUCCAAACGACGCGUUUUGGCUCGCGCAGACAUAUUUCCAGAUCCAUCAGUAUGCUAGGGCAGAGAAGCUGCUCACGCGCCCAUUUCCUGUCCCUCCCAUUACGAUCACACUCCCAUCGUCGGGGCCGCCUAACGGAAAUACUUCUUUUCUUCCUCUUGAUUCUGAUAGGCCGUCGACUUCCUCAGUACGUUUACCCAUGGGCCCGGGGACUUUAUUAGGAAAAGCUGAUGAUACGCGUCCUGGGGUCGGAAUGUCGAGGCUAGUAGAUUUGAGUAUCGCCUGUCGGUACCUUGCUGCUCAGUGUAUGGUGAGACAAGGUAAUUGGAAUGCCGCGACAGAAAUUCUUGGCGAAGCGAACCCUUUCCGCGAUUCAGUGAAAAGCGGCCCGUCGAUACCGAAUAUCGAUGGUGGCAUCAAGAUUGAAGCGUCAAUGUGUCACCUCCGCGGAAUUGUUAUGCAGAAAAUCGGACGCGUCGACCAAGCGAAAGAAUGCUUCAUGGAAGCUCUCGGCCUCGACGUGAAAUGCUAUGAAUCCUUUGAGAAACUUGUUAGCACUGAAAUGAUGACUUCAGAUGAAGAGUGGGAGUUCGUGCAAUCCCUCCCAUAUCAGGUGCAGACCCCGAAGGAUGCAGAGCUUGUUCAACUUAUGUAUACUACUCGUCUGCGCAAGUACAAGCAUGUGGAGGAACACGCUGUCACACGCCAAAAGCUUGUAGAACAGUAUCAUCUGGGUGACAACCCAGACGUUCUAUUCAGCUUCGCCGACUCUCUAUAUCUCUCGUUUAGAUGGCAUGACUGUUUCACAAUCACGUCACGGAUUCUGAGCCUGAUUUCUAUUCAUGACCAUACUUUGCCGUUGCACAUUGCGUGUAUGUUUCACAUAAACCAUUUGCACUCCAAACUCUUCCUUCUGGCGCAUGAUAUGGUGGAUAGGGAGCCAGACAACCCUUUGAGUUGGUACGCGGUCGGAGUAUGGUAUCUCGGCAAUAAGAAGUGGUCGACAGCUAGGCAAUAUUUUGGGAAAGCGAACUUACUGGAUCCAAGGUUCGCACCAGCGUGGGUAGCCUUUGCACAUACCUUUGCGUAUGAGGAUGAACAUGAUCAUGCAAUCACCGCUUACUCUACAUGCGCGCGGAUGUUUACGGGGACACAUUUACCUUUAAUGUUCAUCGGUAUGGAACAUCUGACAUUAUCCAAUAUCAGCUUGGCCGAAGAGUCGCUGUCUGCUGCAAGGCAUAUGUGUGAUACUGACCCUCUGCUAAUCAACGAGCUGGGUGUGUUGACGUUCAGUCAGGGAAAAUAUGAUGAUGCUGCCAGUCUAUUCCAGCAGGCGUUGAAGCUUGCCGAAGUGACGCAGGGUUCGCGUAUUAAUUGGAUAUCUACUUAUCUGAAUCUGGGUACUGCUUAUCGUAAACUAAGGCGUUUCAACGACGCCAAAGCGGCGUAUCAGCAGGUACUUGACUUAGAUCCCCACAAUUCAGUUGCUUUGGGAUUCAUGGGAAUGGUGCAUCAUCUACUUGGUAAUGUCGACAAAGCCAUCGAGAUCUAUCAUGAAUCACUCAGCAUUGAUCCAGGGACCCAUCAAGUCCUUGAACUUCUUGGCAUGGCUUUGGAGGCGAUCACAGCAGGAGGACCGAAAAUGUCCGACGAUGAAUGGAAAAACAUGCUCAAGUCAAUGACAGAGAAAUAUUCCUCAAGUAGCAGUCAUUCUCAGAAGGGCAAGGAAAGAGAGCAGCCUGACGUGCCUUUAGACAUUGCUCCAGAGGACGACAUGAAUGUGGGAUAGAGCACUGAAAGUACGGUGGGCGGAGCUCACGUACAUAUACAAUUCGCAGACGGCACUAUCAUUUUUUGUAUAAGCGAAGUCUACUCUAUGUUAUCAAACGUAUGCACGUCCAAAGGGAAUCUCCCUUAGCAGGUCCCCUACCUAAUUUACGUAGUAAAAAUACACCAUUGCAAAGAUAAUUUCAAUUG